AUGGCCCCAACUACCAUCAACCCGGCCAAUCUCACCCGCUCUGCCUUUAGCCCGGGCGUUUCGGCAGAAUGUCCAGCUCCCUAUACGCGGCUCAUCGAGUUCCAGACGCUUGGUUGCGGCCCGCAGUUCUUUAUGCGAUUCAAGCUGCACUUCGUUCCCGACCAGCACCCCAUCCUGGCCUUCUGCAACGCCAACGGCAAAAUCUACUUUUGGGACUUUGAGCAAAUCACAGGCUUCCACGACUAUGUCAAUGCCGUCAAGAGACCCAAGAGAGACGGGGAGGAGGCCGUUCCGAAGCCCAGUUGGCUGCCAGCCAUCACCCAUCGGGCCAAUACAAACGGCAAGGCGGCGCCGACGGUCCGGGAGAAGAAGGCGGCUGACAAGGCUCACCGGACGGAGCUCGAGCAGAUUCCCGAGCUGAGAGCCCAGUACAACCAGGAAACGCUGCAGACGUGGGAUGGCAAGUUUACCGUCGGCAACCCUCAGGUGCCCCUGAAACCCCACAAGAUUGAGAACUGCGGUGCUUCGACCUUCGUUGGUAGACAGGUUGCUUGGAGCCCCGGGGGUGAAUGGUGCGUCGUCGUGGGCAGCUCCAACUUUGCUCUGGUUUUCCAGAGAUGGGUACCCAAGAAGGAUGCGUGA